AUGGCAGCUAAAUUUUCAGACCUCAUUAAAAAUGAGAAUACAGCAGAGGUAAAGAACUCUUUCAUAGACAUCCUUCGGGCGAUCCUGUUGUCCUUGGAAGUCCUCAUUGAAGAUCAGGAGCUCCAGAUAAAUGGCUUCAUCCUAAUUAUAGACUGGAGUAAUUUCUCCUUCAAGCAAGCCUCCAAGCUUACACCGUCUAUCCUCAAACUGGCCAUUGAGGGGUUACAGGACAGCUUUCCUGCCCGUUUUGGAGGAGUCCAUUUUGUCAACCAGCCCUGGUACAUCCAUGCCUUGUACACGCUAAUCAAACCUUUCCUCAAAGACAAGACAAGAAAAAGGAUCUUCCUCCAUGGUAACAAUCUGAACAGCCUUCACCAGCUAAUACACCCUGAAUGCCUGCCCUCUGAGUUUGGGGGGACCCUUCCUCCUUACGACAUGGGCACAUGGGCUCGAACAUUGCUUGGGCCCGACUACAGCGACGAGAAUGAGUACACCCACACUUCCUACAAUGCAAUGCACGUGAAGCAUGCAUCCUCCAACCUAGAGCGCGAGGCCUCCCCCAAGCCCAUGAAAAGGUCCCAGUCCGUGGUGGAAGCUGGCACGCUGAAACACGAAGACUCGGGGGAAAACGAGAACACCCAGCCGCUCUUGGCCCUGGAUUGAGCUCCAAAGCCCUGAGCACCCACAGCUACAUGAAGAGACUUCCACGGUACCAGAAACUCACAGGGCACGCAACACACUUUGCACACACACACACAUGCACACUCGUCUUGCUUGGAAACUCGUCCUCCUUCGUAUUUCUAGACUGAGURACAACUGCCAUCAGCCAUCUAUCUACGCAGUCAAGGCUGAAAAAAUGGAGACACUUCUGUUGACGCUGGAAGCAAAGCAGGAGUCUAUCCAUAAACAAAGAAAUUGGUUCUUCAUUUAUUUUUUUCUGAUUUAUGGCAUUGAAAUACGGGAAAUGAUGGGAAUGCAUUUUUUGCUUAAAGAAACCAGUGGGACAGUAGAGGUUUUCCUGAGACCUGCAGCAGGGAUGAUCAGUUUUACAGAAGCUAAGGUUAAAUGCAUUUUAAAGAAAAGCAUCCAAAUUAAGUUGUGCUCUGUAAUCAGCAGUUAAAUGCAGUGCAGAGGGCAGAAAUAACAGCAUCUCCAGUGUGCUUUACUUUUAUGGAAAGAUUUGGGCUUCCUUUUUAAUAAUAGCGACAGAAAUGCCAACAUAAGGCCAUUCAACAAAGCACUCUCUGAUUGCAUAAUACAAUCCGCUUAUAGGGGUCACUUCCUUCAGGACCCAGCAAAAAUUAUUCUUGACUUUUGAAGCCCUUAUAAAACUGUCAGCUAAAUGUAAUGAGCUGUGUCGGCAGCAGACACACACAAUUUGAAAUGCAAUUAUUUAAUUUUAACGAUGUGUUUUUCCACAGGCGACUCUGCAGCCUGUUAGUAAGACGUGUGUGUGCAUGUGUGUCUGUGGGUGUGUGCGCGCGCGUGUGAAGGGGGGGGUUGUAGGGAGACUCAUUGGACACACUCAUCGGUGAUUAAUGGUUCAAUCCAGAUUGUUUCAUUUAGGUCACAAUUGCAACUGAAAGCUCCACAGAGCCAUUUAAAC